UGGGCGACCGGCGUUACGCCCCAAUCAUCUGCAUUGGAUCCAGCAGAAGUCGAAGCAUUGCGAUGUCUCGAGCAAGGGACGCUCAAAUUGGAGGAGGGCGAUGUGCAAGCGGCCAAAGAGCUGUACCAGCGAAGCGCUGAGAUUAAACGCAACGCUAGCUCACUGUUUAAUCUCGGCGUGACCCACUACCAUCUUAAGGAAUAUGACGAGGCUAUCGAAGCUUGGAAAGAGUCGAUAUCAUUGCAACCAUCUAGUCCAGAUGCGCACACAAACCUUGCCAGUGCAUACAUCAUUUCUCCAAUUUCCCGACCAGAUCUCGCAUUACACCAUCUGGAAAUUGCAUCUUCGCUGUCCCCCGAGGACCCUGAGAUCGCGUUCAAUCACGCUGCGGUCCUCGAAGCCACCGGCAGACUGGAGGAGGCUCUUGACAAAUACAAACGCAGCAAAGAUCACGGCGUCGAGCGGGCAGCCAUUCAUAUUCGCAACGUCAGCGCGAAAAUCUUGGGGAAAAAAAUAAAAGCCGCAGAGCAGGCCGAGAAAUCCGAAGAAUAA